ACCUAGCAGUUCAUGUAGCUAGCAAGUGGUUUGUUCUUAGGGUAGCAGAGGAGGAAAUCGCUCCCCUUCUGAUAAGGCAACGGUGAAGAGAGGACGCAUGCUGUUUCUUGGGGAUUCAGCUGAUUUCCAGAUAUGACCAUGUAUUUGUGGUUUAAACUUUUGGCAUUUGGCUUUGCCGUCCUGGAUACAGAUAUAUUUGUUACAGGGCAAAUUGUGACUACUUCUGCUGGUCUCGUCUCUGUAGCCACCGCAGCAUCCACACAGAGCCCUGCAGCAAGCACUCUCCCGCCAAGCACAGCAAUAGUUCCUACCACAGCCUCAACUCCAUGCGUUGAAAAAUAUGGUGAUGUCUCUGUGACAUACACAUAUGACAAGAACAGUACAUUAUUUAGAGCAAAACUAAAUCUUCCUGCUACCGCGACAUGUAAUUCUGUGAAAUGUGAAGACUUGGAAAAUCUAAGAGAAUGUUCACAUCCUAGUAUUGAAAUAGCUGAUGAUUCAUGUCAUCCACCUUCAGUUUUCCAAUUAGAUGUACCACCAGAAUAUGAAAAGUUUCAGUUAAUUGACUGUACACCAAAAGAAGUAGCAGAUACUUCAAUUCAUUUAUGUUGGGAAAAGGAGCAUUUUAAUUGUACUGAAAAUUUUAGAUAUGAAUUUCAAUGUGGUAAUUUCCAAUUUUAUAACCAAUCAAUUGAAUUAAAAGGCCUUCUUCCCAAAACAAAGUAUAACUGUAGUUCACAAGUGUCCUAUAAAGGCCAGAGCUACAGAAAUGAAAUUAUAUAUGUCGAAACAGAUUGGGGAGCUCCAGGAGAGCCUCAGGUUACUUGUAAAGGUACAAAUAUUACAGGAGAAAUUGUCUGGCUUCCCCCAGAUAAAUCAAAUGUAUCUGGAUUUUAUCUUUCUUAUUUGGAAACAUCAGGAAAAGAAAAAGACAAAUUUAUCAAUCUGAAUGCGAACGUGACCAAAUAUAAUUUGGAACUUUUGGACCCUUAUACAAACUAUCAUGUAUCAUUAUUUGCCUAUGUCACAGCAAAAGUGCAGCGUAACGGAAGUGCUGCGACCUGUGAAUUUCAGACAAAGCCUGGACGUCCAAGCCGGGUUCAGUCACUGCAAGUAUUUCAGACUGCAGAUAAUAGUGUGGUUGUCAGUUGUAACAAACCUGAUAAGAUUAAUGGCCCUGGUGUGAGUUAUGAGUUGGAAGUCAGAGUUAAAAAUGAUCUGACUAGAAAUGUCUCCAAUAAGACCUGCACAUUUACUUUAUCAGGUCUUUGGUAUUCAACAGACUAUGAGUUUUGGGUAUAUCCCGUCAAUGCUUUUUAUAAGGGAGAGCCAGCUAGAAUACCUCACCGAACAUCUUAUAAUUCCAAAGUACUGAUUGCAUUUCUGGUAUUUCUGAUUAUUGUGACAUCGAUAGCUCUGCUUGUUGUUCUCUAUAAAAUAUAUGAUCUGCACAAGAAGAGAUCCAGCAACUUAGAUGAAGAACAGGAACUUGUUGUAAAAGAUGAUGAAAAACAACUGAUGACUGUGGAGCCAAUUCAGGCGGAUGUUCUGUUGGAAACAUAUAAGAGAAAAAUUGCUGAUGAAGGUCGACUUUUUCUGGCUGAAUUUCAGAGCAUCCCACGUGUGUUCAGUAAGUUUUCUAUCAAGGAUGCUCGAAAGCCUUUUAACCAAAAUAAAAACCGAUAUGUUGACAUCCUUCCCUAUGACUAUAACCGUGUUGAACUCUCUGAAAUAAAUGGAGAUGCAGGGUCCACCUAUAUAAAUGCCAGCUAUAUUGACGGUUUCAAAGAACCCAGGAAAUACAUUGCUGCUCAAGGACCCAGGGAUGAAACUGUUGAUGAUUUCUGGAGGAUGAUCUGGGAACAGAAAGCUACAGUAAUUGUCAUGGUUACUAGGUGCGAGGAAGGAAACAGGAAUAAAUGUGCAGAAUACUGGCCCUCAAUGGAAGAAGGCACUCGGACUUUUGGAGAUGUUGUUGUAAAGAUCAAUGAGCAUAAGAGAUGCCCAGAUUAUAUCAUCCAGAAAAUGAACAUUACAAACAAAAAAGAAAAAGGAACUGGAAGAGAGGUGACUCACAUUCAGUUUACAAGCUGGCCGGACCACGGGGUACCCGAAGAACCUCACCUGCUGCUCAAACUGAGAAGGAGAGUGAACGCUUUCAGCAACUUCUUCAGUGGCCCCAUCGUAGUACACUGCAGCGCUGGUGUCGGACGCACGGGCACCUACAUUGGAAUCGACGCCAUGCUGGAAGGCUUGGAAGCAGAGGGCAAGGUGGAUGUUUACGGUUAUGUUGUCAAGCUCCGGCGACAGAGAUGCCUCAUGGUGCAAGUGGAGGCACAGUAUAUCCUGAUGCAUCAGGCUUUAGUGGAAUACAACCAGUUUGGAGAAACAGAAGUAAAUUUGGCUGACUUACAUUCACAUUCAUAUCUACAUAACAUGAAGAAAAGAGACCCACCCAGUGAGCCAUCUCCACUGGAGGCUGAAUUCCAGAGACUUCCUUCAUAUAGAAGCUGGAGAACACAGCAUAUUGGACAUAAAGAGGAAAAUAAAACGAAAAACAGAAAUUCUAAUGUUAUUCCAUAUGAUUUUAACAGAGUGGCACUUAAACAUGAAUUGGAACUGAGCAAAGAGAGCGAGCAUGAUUCAGAUGAAUCAUCUGAUGAUGACAGUGAUUCUGAGGAAACAAGCAAAUACAUCAAUGCAUCUUUUGUAAUGAAUUACUGGAAACCGGAAAUGAUGAUUGCUGCUCAAGGACCACUGAAAGAGACCAUUGUUGACUUCUGGCAGAUGAUAUUCCAAAGAAAAGUCAAGGUUAUUGUUAUGUUGACAGAGCUGAAGCAUGGAGACCAGGAAAUCUGUGCUCAGUACUGGGGAGAGGGAAAGCAAACAUAUGGAGAUUUAGAAGUUCACAUCAAAGACACAAAUAUAUCUUCAAUGUACACAGCCCGUGAAUUUGAACUGAGACAUUCCAAGAGGAAAGACACUCGAACUGUGUACCAGUACCAAUAUACUAACUGGAAUGUGGACCAGCUGCCUGCAGAAACCAAAGAAUUAGUCUCAAUGAUUCAAGCCCUAAAACAGAAACUUCCCAAGAAGACUUUCACUGAAGGGAAUAAGUAUCACAACAGUGUGCCUAUCCUAGUUCACUGCAGAGAUGGAUCUGAGAAAACAGGGGUCUUUUGUGCUUUGCUGAAUCUCAUGAAAAGUGCAGAAACAGAAGAAGUAGUAGAUGUUUUUCAAGUAGUGAAAUCUCUACGCAAAGCUAGGCCAGGCAUGAUUUCCACAUAUGAGCAAUAUGAAUUCCUCUAUGACAUUAUUGCCAGCACCUACCCUGCCCAGAAUGGACAAGUAAAGAAAAACAGCAAUCAAGAAGAUAAAAUUGAAUUUGAUAAUGAAGUGGACAAAGCAAAGCAAGAUGCUAACUGUAUCAGUUCAACCGGUGCCUCAGAUCAGACCCAGGAAGGAGUCGAAGAGGCAGAAGGAUGUAAAUAUACAAGCAGUUCAGAGAGGCCAGAACAUUCUCCCAAUGGCCCUGCAAGUCCAGCUUCAGCUGAGAGUUCAUAGGAAAAGGGAGUGACUCCAACCCUCAUAUUAGCUGUGAUUUCUAUUCUCUAGAAGGGGAAAUAGUUGACUUGGGGUAAUGAAGUGCUCUGGUUGAACAUAUGGGGAAGUUCCUGUUUGACUACUGUGGGAAAUAUUUAAGAUAGUUUUGGUGAAAUGUUUUGUAUAGUUUCAUGCUUCUCUUAAAAUCUCUAUCAUUCCACAAAAACAACUCUGUAGUCUUCUUUGCAUGUGUAUGCUUGGUGUGGAGGUGCCCUUGAUAGGAACAGGGAGUGUGCUUUCAGGUGAACCUAAAUACUCUUGAGAAACUUUGCCUUCUCCCAUUUCUGACAGAAAGCUCAUAUUUCAUACUGUACCGUUAACUUUGAUGGAAGGUUCUGUUUUUCAUCAUCACAAACCCAGAGCGUCUGCUUAAGAAUAACAUGUAUAUUUGGAGGCUGACCUCGAGACUUCCUCCUAGUCCUGCUCAUAUACAUCGGUUACUAUUUUACUUCUAGAGGUAAUAUAUAAAUGUGGUAUGUGUGUGUAUAGCUACUACAAGAAAGUUAAGUAAAUUAACAGUUGGAAAGCUUAUGCAGAACAGUACAUAUGGCAUUGCCAAUUUUUUGUUUUAAAAAGUGUAUUAAUGUAUAGAGAUAACAAGAAAUUAUCUAGAAUGUUCACUUAAUUGUUUUGAUCUGUCUCUGGUAGUAACAUGAUGAGGAUAUAUUUCUUUGAUAGUUUUUUAUUUGUGCUAUUAUAAAAUGGUUCUGAGCAAAAGAAAUUAAGAAUUGCUAUAAGUGUGUGAGGUGAUGGAUAUGUUAAUUUGCUUGAUUGUAGUAAUCAUUUCACAGCAUACAUGUAUCUCAAAACAGGAUGUUGUACACCUUCAAUAUAUAUGAUUUUAUUUGUCAAUUACAUUCAAUAAAAAGUGAGUUAAAUUGUAAAAAAAUAAGAGCAUGCAACUGUGUUUGUGUGAGAUAUUUAUAUAAGGAACUUAAGAUAUUUUGUGGAGUUUAAACGGUGAUAUGAAAAAUACCUUACUAUAUGUGCUUAUUUCCCAUUAUUAAAGUCCAUCUUUGAUUUUCA